AGUCAAGAUGACAGGUUUGCUUUUACUGCUGAAUGGUAUGACCCAAAUGCUUCACUCUUUCGGCGUUACGAACUUCUCUAUUAUCCAAAAGAUGGAUCAGUUGAAAUGUAUGAUGUGAAGAACCACCGCACUUUUCUGAAACGCACCAAGUAUGAGAGCUUACACCUUGAGGAUUUAUUUGUGGGCAACAAAAUAACUAUUUUCUCCCGUCAUCUAUCCUUAGUGGACUAUGGGGAUCAAUAUACAGCCCGGAAGCUAGGGAGCCGCAAAGAGAGAACGCUGGCUUUGAUUAAACCUGAUGCAUUGCCUAGGAUUGGAGAAUUGAUUGAUAUCAUCAUUAAUGCAGGAUUUACAAUAACUAAGGCCAAAAUGAUGGUACUUUCAAGAAAAGAAGCAGCUGAUUUAUAUGUAGACCAUCAAUCAAAACCUUUUUUUAAUGAGCUUCUCCAUUUUAUAACGAGUGGUCCCAUUGUUGCUAUGGAAAUCUUAGGAGAUGAUGCAGUUUGUAAAUGGAAAACAUUACUGGGGCCAGCAAAUUCUGCAGUGGCUCAGCCUGACGCACCAGACAGCAUUAGAGCCAACUUUGGACAUGAUGGCCUAAGAAAUGCAGCUCAUGGCCCAGAUUCAGUUGCUUCAGCUGCUCAAGAGCUGGAGUUGUUCUUUCCCUCCAGUGGAGGUCGUGGACCAGCCAACAGUGCAAAAUUCACAAACUGUACCUGUUGCAUUAUUAAGCCUCAUGCAGUUAGUGAAGGGCUAGCUGGAAAGAUUAUAAAAGCCAUCAUCAAUGAAGGAUUUCAGAUCUCAGCUUUGCAGAUGUUCAACAUGGAGCGUGCAAAUGUGGAAGAAUUUUAUGAGAUUUACAAAGGUGUCGUUGCUGAAUAUGUG